AUGGCGGAAGAAGAAGCAUCAAAAAAGCUAUCCCCUUUAACAUUUCAAAUGGCAAGAAGUGGAGCAAUUGAACUCCAGCAAAAGUACACAAAGAGCACAAAGCGUAGAGAGUGCCCAAACGUUUUUAUCGUAUUUGAUUUCAUUAAGCCACCAAAAAGCUCGAAAGGACCUAUCAAUUUAACACUCCCACAUCCAGUUAGAAUGUUCCCAUUCCAAUCUGGUGUAGUUUUCGUUGGUGGUGAAAGUGUUAAAUGGCAAGAAGCCUUUGAUAAAACAGAAUUAAAGUUAAAAGCAAUUUCAAUGUCUGCACUUCAGAAACAUUACUCUUCCAGAAAAGAACAAGACCAAUUAUUCACUUCAACCGAUUAUUUCUUUGCUGAAAAAGGCGUUGCUUCCCAAUUACCAAAGAAAUUAGGUAACAAAUUCUUCUCUCGUAAUCGUCAGCCAACACAAGUAAGUUUAGAUAUUAGUAACCCAGAACAAAUUUAUAAUGAAAUCAAGAACUCAAUCCAAGGAACACAGUUUUACAUUCCAGCUUCUAAUGAAUGCUGGGUACGUGCUGGUGGCUUUAAUCUUUCCUUUGACCAUUUGGCCGAAAAUAUUGCUAUUUGCUCUGAAUUGGCUAUGCAAGAAAUACCUAAAGCUAAGGCUCGUGUAAAAUCAAUCCAUCUUUAUGCAUCUGGCAUCGCUAUGCCUCCAAUUUGGGAAAAAGAUGCUAAAAAGAUUACUUUGACCGCAGAAGAGAUCAAAACAACACGUACUAACGAAGAACAGUAA